AGUAUAGGGUCAAAGCCACCGCGAGCGUUGACGUUCUUGCCUGAUGGAUUUGGCCUACCUUCUAUCUCUCGAAUUGCCAAUCUGCAAAGUCUCUGACAGUCCUUCGAACAUUCCUUCUAUUCAGCACUGGACCUCGUUGCAGCAUAAUUUGCGUGCGCAGUUGCAGGAUGUUGAUGACCCUGGCUGGUCUUUGAAUGUCCUUCGCCGGGUUGGCGGCCUGGACAUCAGCUUCGAGACAGGUACGACAGGUACAAACAGGGCGACUGCAGUCUUAGUGGUCUGCGAGCUGACGGUGAACCAGGUAAAUGAUGAGAAUGAGGGAACCGCUUCUGCCAUGACUGAAAUCUAUGAGGAUGCUGUAGAUGUGGACAUGGACCUUCCGUAUAUUUCUGGAUUCUUGUUCGUUCGUGAAGUAUUUGCCUAUGAACUGCUUCUUCAGCGUUUGCGGAAAAGUGCCCCAGAGCUAGAGCCUGACGUUUUCUUGGUGGAUGGAUCUGGCGUAUUCCAUCCAAGGCAAUGUGGUUCAGCUUCCCACUUCGGAAUUUCCAACGGUUUGAGGACGAUCGGAGUUGCCAAGAAGCUCCUUUGUUUUGACGACUUUGACAAGGCAGCAGGUGAGCAGGUGGAGCAACACAUGCUGUGCAACUUUGGGGACAAUAUUCCUUUGGUUGGUUCUUCUGGAUUUGUUUACGGUCUGGCGCUUCGUACUGCGCACCCUGCCAAGGACACCAGUUCCAAGCGCAUCUACGUGUCAAUCGGCAACGGCUUCUGUCUUGAGAGCACAAAGGACGUGAUACUGAAGUGCUGUGAUGUCGGAGGUUCUUACCUUCCAGAGCCCGUAAGGCUUGCUGACUUGACUGGAAGGGCAAUUGAACGCACAUGCAAGCAAAUCCAUCAAAUGCAGCCUGGACCAGAGGCCCGGCAAAUCGCCAUAGACAUAUCAAACCUCUUGAGCAACAAGAGCCGCAAGACGCUCUUGGACAUGCUCGAGGAAGUGAGCUUGGAUCUGCAUCAAAGGUUGGCAAGUGUGCAGCCGGAAAGUUUGAAGAGAAAGCGAUCGACCGUGGAAGAAUUGUUCCUGCCGUUGCAAGGCAUGUAUCCAGAAGCACAAGUUGGUGUCCUCCUGGCAGCUCUUCGCAUAGAAAAACCUUGGGCAGCGAACUUGCAUAAGGAAUGUUUGUGCAAGCAGCGAGCAGGCGAAGCUAUGCGGGUGGCACUAUGAGUCGUGCAUGUCGUGCCAAUUGCCUCCGCGAUUUUUUUUCCAUGUAGAUAAUCUGACUUUGUGGGAACCAGAAGCACCACACUGGAAGACACUUGAACGAUUUUGUAAGUGUGGGGUGUUGUUCUGUGCCAGCAGCAUCGUGGUCCGAAAGCUGGCCUAAGCAAAGAUGUUAUUUAAUUGGAUCUUCAUUUCUAAAAAGCGAGGGCUUGCCCAAAGAGCAGUGGCUUUCGUGCAAACUGCCUGCCCAGCAGACAUGCAGCCUGAUGUGCUGAGUGUGUACAGCUACCAGCUACCACUCCCCUUUGCCGCCUCAUGCUGA